AAGUUUGAAGCCGGCUCCCGCCCCAGUGGGCGGGUUUUCGCAGGGUUGCGGGGGUCACGACCAGGGCUUCGCUCGGGUGGUUUCUGCUGCCCGACUCUGACUGCAAGUGGCGGACUGACGCGGCCCAGCUGCAGCAUCCAGGGGAAGACAUGCCAACUGCCAAGCAGUUAGCUGACAUUGGCUACAAGACCUUCUCUGCCUCCAUGAUGCUGCUCACUGUAUACGGGGGUUACCUCUGCAGUGUCCGAGCCUACCGGUAUUUCCAGCUGCGCAGUGCCCGGCGCCAGGCUGCAGAAGAACAGAAGACAUCGGGAGUCCUGUAGAGUUCAGCCUUCCCUCCUGAGCAGCAGGCUUGAGGCAUGCGAUGGAAAGACCUCCCCUGCACACCAUCCACGGCAAGAGCUAGGGCCACGAUGGCUCUCAAACCUGCUGGACUAAAGUGCCGUGGUGUCUGCGGCCCUCCCGGCUUGUGCCGUUCUCACAGGUUGUGGAGGCUGUUGGAUAAGUGGCAAAGUGAGGCUGAGGCUCAUUACAGAGAUUAAAUAUUUUGACAUGUU